CGGCAGCCCAAGCCCUCCACACUCUCUCCGCCUCCGCCUCCGCCUCUCCUCAUACUACCUGACUAUCUCUACCUCGCUCUGCUCGACCUUUAACCUGUCUUAUCUACUCUUUCGGCUCUGUUUACUCAUCGCUCCAAACACUCGGCGCUCUACCGGGAAAACAACCCGUCAUCGCCGGUGUCGCCAGCUAUUUCUCAUCCCUUUGCAUCGUUGCACAUAGUUGCGCGAUCACGUUGUGUCGCUGUAUCCCCCGCCGCGCCAAUGGGACUUUGACGGCUCUUCUCAACUGAACAAUGCCAUGUCAACCUACAACUCAAUAUCGGGGCUGCCAACUGGCGCCUCUUCCAGCGAAGCGAUGGCGAUGAACUUCGGUCCUGCUCACUCUCAGAGUAUAAAUAUGGACGUGUUCGACCAGGAUAUGACAUUUGAUGAAUCACUUCUUGAUGGAGCUGCACUGCAGACUCUACCUUUCGGCACCUCGUACGACUUGGAUGCCUUUUCCUCGACCUUUGAAGAUCCCUUCUCAUACUCGACUCGACAACAAUUCGAUCCUCCGCCGAAUCAAGAUGCCUUGCACGAGGAAUCAUCUCCCCAGGAGCCCGAUAAUAAACUUCUUGGGUUCUCUGUUCCCAUUUCCAAUGCUACCAUUGUCAACGAGAACAACCAAUUUGUUGAAGCCGGCAUGACGGCUGAAUUGUAUGGCAUGUUCUUCGUUGCCGAGGAUGUCUUUGGGGGAGAAUCAACCGGACGCCCGAUGGAAUUGACGUGUUAUCGCCGCAACCUCUGGCAGUGUUCGGGGCAGAUCACUCUCCCUCGCGGAAUCAGGAAUAUUGUGAAUGAACAAGGGCAGCACAUUCAAAUAUUCGAGUUAGUAGCGACUAUUGCAGCCAUCGAAUCCAUCGAAGGAAAGGCUACAGAAAUAAUAUCGAUCCCCUGGAAAAACGCCAAUCCCCAGGGAGGUGAUGACUCAAAAGGCGUUUCAGCACCGCCUACUAUCACACUGGAUAUAACGACAGGCCAGGAGAUCGACGCACAUCGUGUUUCUCUGCCUAUAUCUUGGAAACGGCUUCAGUUCAAGCAUGCUACUGCCAACAACGGCAGAAGAAAGGGCUUGCAACAGCACUACGUGGUCCAGAUCACCCUGCUGGGAAAGACACAGGCAGGUGAACUCAUAAAAAUAUCGGAGAUCAAAUCUGGCCCAGUCAUUGUUCGUGGCCGGAGUCCUAGAAACUUCGAUAGCAGGAAGGAUGUUCCUCUUACAGGCGACAAGAGAUUUGAGAGGAGAAGCACAUCGACGUCAAAUGUGGAUCACCCAACGCUUAAACUUGAACGGGAGAAUUCGACGAACUUCACCCAAAGAUUCCCUCCUGCUGGAAAUCUCCAGGUAAGACACAAAUCAGUCCAUGCACAUAAAGGACAGAACUGACAGAUAAGCAGCCGAACGACUGGGCAACACCUGGGUCAAUGACCCAUCCACUACCCAGUCCUCAACCCGUUGCAAGUCCACAUCCGGCAAAACGAGUCGCCUUAUCGCCAACAAUGACUAGACCCCCGAUACCAGCUUGGUCCAGCGAUCCAAACAACUCUGCUAAGGCGACAAAUUCCCACAAUAACAAAAAUUCAAUCCCACGUCAGAAUGCUUCUCUGCCGAUCAAUCUAUCGCUAUCAGAGGACGAGAGAAGUCCGAACCGCUCCAGUGCUGAGCUGCACAGUCCCAAUUCUGGCAAAGGCUACACCACCGCAGGGGCGAACAGGGAAAACAGUCCUGCAGAUGAGGGGGCCGAUCCCUUGUACGAAUACUUUCCACUGACUGUGGAUGAUUGGAUGCCGCCUGUCGAUGCUGUUUAUCGGCCUCACGUGGUCCAUCACACUAUCAUGCCACCAGAGAUGAAAGCACAACAGCUCAAGAGCAAGGCUAAGCGGUACUUUGCCUCUGACUGAGACACAACAGGUGGUUGAAACUGAUGAGUUACGAAUUGUUGGAAAGCCGAUUUCCUGUAUAUUAUAUAUCUAAGCUUUUGUACGGGCAUUCUGGUAAAGGGGAGUCUGUUUGGGAUUAUAGCACAUUGUGAGCAAGUAUAUACACAUUAGGUGGACGGUUAACUCAUCAUUGAGGGCAUGAGAUGGUUUGCAUCGAUACCCGAGAAUUUUAAUGCGACAAUUGGUCAUUGCAAAGUCGGUAUCACAAAACACAGCAUAUGUUGUUGAAUCAUGCUCAUGUUGCUUGAGAAUGAAUCUAUACACAGACUGAGUUUUCAAGUUACAAGGGGCAAUGGGUUGUAUUGAACACCUGUGUAUCUUCCAGUCGUCCUAGAUGACAAUCGAUUUUCAAGAAAUGACCCUUUUCCCCCAAACGCCUCCACGCCAAAAGACGAUACACGCAACACCCAUAAACUCUAACACACAACCUAUCUAAAAGCCACCAGUGGUAUUUUUGUUCUAUCUCUAACCUGAUUUAAACGCCUUAAUCGAAUACGGGGCUAAAGAUGCUAUUGUUGUAGUCAUACUGAUACAGUCUGAUAAUUUUGUUCCUGAGCCAACCCUGUAGCGACUGAACAAGACCUUCCUGAUCUCCAUUUCUAUUCUACUCCUCCUAUCCCAAUAUAUCCACCUAUCACGUUUAGUGCGCCCCGACGGUGUUCAUUUUCUUCUGAAGUUCGGGGUUGGGAGUCAACCUGCGGUUUAGAUCUGGCUCAGGAAUGCGCGAGGCCAUACGGUCGGGAACUAGGUCUGGCGACGGUGAUCGCAUUGUCUUAAUGUUUGCGGUCAUCGGUUGAAGCAAGUUCGCGACAGGAGCGUCUGGAGACAUGGCGACGGCGCUAUCGAUCAUCUCAACUUUCGUCUUUGGGACGUCGGUCUGAACUUCGAGGUUGGGCGUAAGUCUGCGGUUCAGGUUCGGUUCCGGAAUACGCGAUGCCAUUCGGUCGGGGAACAAAUCGGGCGAAGGGGUUCUCAUAGAGUAGUCACCCGCAGGUGUCGCUCGCAAGAGGUGUGAAGCAAUCGGCUCCGGAGCGAUAAUCGCAGGACUCUGAGCUCUCUGAAUCUUGGUUUCAGGGAUAGCAACAUUGCCAGUUCGUACUUUGGAGGGAAGAAUCUGCUCGAAUCCCUGCUCGCGAGCAACUUUCUCGAUGCUCUUGAAGUACUGUCCUUCGUUAGCGGAGUCUCAUUAUGGGAGGAAGAGUUGCUUACCUUCACUGUCUUGACCUGAAGUUCCAAUGUGGCGUCCUCAUCGACGACAAUCAUGGGAUGAGGGUGGAGCUGAAGGCAUGACAGCGACCACAUGUGGUUGACGCCUUGUUCGACGCAUUUCUGCAAUGCAAGCGCCUUGCGGGCUCCCAGGAUAAUGACAACAACCUCUCUUGCUUCAAGGACAGUUUGGACGCCCACAGUCAAAGCCAUUCUUGGCACCCGGCUUACAUCGUUGUCAAAGAAGCGCGAGUUGGAAAGAAUGGUGUCGUAUGCUAAUGUCUUGACUCGGGUACGACUGGCAAGGCUAGAUCCGGGUUCGUUGAAAGCGAUGUGCCCGUCUUCACCAAUACCGGCCAAGAAGAGAUCAAUACCACCAGCUGCCUUGAUAGCUUCCUCGUAUGCAUCACAUUCGGCUUCCGGGCUGGCAGCAUUGCCAUUAAGUAUGUGGACAUUGGAAGGAUGAAUGUUGACAUGAGAGAAGAAGUGCUUCCACAUAAAGGAGUGGUAGGAGUUUGGGUCGUCUCGAGGAAGACCGACGUACUCGUCCAUGUUGAAGGUGACUACAUUCUCGAACGAGACCUGCUAUGGUUAGAUGCUGCCCUAGGAUGAGGUGAUGCGACAUACUUCGCCAGCCUUGUACUUGCGUACUAGCAUAUCAUACACUCCGAUCGGGCUAGAGCCUGUAGGGAGGCCGAGGAUAAAGGGAUGCUCGGGUGUGGGUUGGAAGGCAUUGAUGCGCUCCACGACGUAAUUGGCGACAUACUUGCAUGCCUCAGUCUCGUCGUCACGGAUGAUGAGCCGCAUGGUGUGGUUGUGUUAUUGGUAGUGGGUGAUGUUAUAAGUGUUGGGCUUAGAAAUGAAGUUAUCAAGUAAUGUACUUUUGGUAGGAGUUCUUGAGUGUGUUGGGGUUUGAAGAAAUAUGAUUACACUUUCGAGGAGUCAGUUGCUUAUGAAGAGAACUUAUCAAAGGCGUACAAGUCACUACCAAGAGAGAGUCACUUGCCAUCCAUGGGGACCCGUUGCAUCAUGAUAGAAGCCACUAGAUAAGGACGCCACUUUCCUUUCCGCUCUCCCACUGCCAUUCAUGAUGCAGCGUGGGGAGGGCGACCUCGGUCAGUGGGC